CAGCCAGGCGGCCGGCCGCGGCGGCGUUGGCGGCGUGACUCGGGCUCGGGACGCGGGCACCGCGGGCGGCGGCGGUGCCCGGAGCGGAGCGCGGCGCGGCGCGGCGGGCGCCCCUCCCCCUCGGCCUCCUGCGCGGCGGCGGCGGCGGCUCGGGCUCCGGCUGGGACGACUCGCGAGCCGGACCCUGGCAACAGGCCCUGCUCUGGGCCCUACUGGAUGCAGAGCUGUGGUCUGCAGGAGCAAGGCCCUUCCUAAUUAGUCGGUGCCCUAAGGAGCCCACCCGACCGGUUCUUUCUACUGGAGAAGCCCACUGCCACCUGCUCAAGGCUUCACCAAUAGCUCCACUCUCCUGUCCUGUUAUCCACUGGUGCCCCCUCCCCAACCUCAGAGUGAAGACACUUGCAGUGGCCUCUUGACCAUGUGCCUGGCCUGAGCAGCAAGACCUACCAGAAGUCGCAGCUUUGGGCAGCAGGGCUCGGCGCACGUCUAAGGAUACCCCCCCUCCCACGGUUGGCAGGCCCCCCCAGCAGUGGGCUCUGGGCCUUGGCCCCACCAUGUCGAGCCUCGGCAGUGGUCCCCAGGAUACCAGCAGCAGCAGCAGUAGCAGCAGCAAUGCCAGUGGCGGUGGUGGCCCGAAGGCAGCAGUGACUGAUAAGAGUCCGGCGGCUGUGGCCACUGCCACCCCAGCCUCAGUGGCUGACGAUGCACCACCCCCCGAGCGUCGAAACAAGAGUGGCAUCAUCAGCGAACCCCUCAACAAGAGCCUGCGCCGCUCCCGCCCCCUUUCCCACUACUCUUCCUUUGGGGGCAGCGGGGGCAGUGGUGGGGGCAGCAUGAUGGGCGGGGAGUCGGCUGAGAAGGCAGCAGCAGCUGCGGCCGCGGCCUCCCUCUUAGCCAACGGGCACGAUCUGACAGCGGCCAUGGCAGUGGACAAGAGCAACCCUACCUCAAAGCACAAAAGUGGUGCUGUGGCCAGCCUGCUGAGCAAGGCCGAGCGUGCCACAGAGCUGACAGCCGAGGGACAGCUGACGCUGCAGCAGUUCGCGCAGUCCACAGAGAUGCUGAAGCGCGUGGUGCAGGAGCACCUCCCACUCAUGAGCGAGGCGGCCGCGGGCCUGCCCGACAUGGAGGCUGUGGCGGGUGCUGAAGCCCUCAAUGGCCAGUCCGACUUCCCUUACUUGGGCGCCUUCCCCAUCAACCCAGGCCUCUUCAUCAUGACCCCGGCGGGUGUGUUCCUGGCCGAGAGCGCGCUGCACAUGGCUGGCCUGGCCGAGUACCCUAUGCAGGGCGAGCUGGCCUCGGCCAUCAGCUCAGGCAAGAAGAAGCGGAAACGCUGUGGCAUGUGCGCGCCAUGCCGGAGGCGCAUCAACUGCGAGCAGUGCAGCAGUUGUAGGAACCGAAAGACUGGCCAUCAGAUUUGCAAAUUCAGAAAAUGUGAGGAACUCAAAAAGAAGCCUGCCGCUGCUCUGGAGAAGGUGAUGCUUCCGACGGGAGCUGCCUUCCGGUGGUUUCAGUGACGGCGGCGGGACCCCAAAGCUGCCCUCCCCGUGCAAUUCACUGCUCGCGUGGUCUCCGGCAAGGGAUUCGGGCGAAGACAAACGGAUGCACCCGUCUUUAGAACCAAAAAUAUUCUCUCACAGAUUUCAUUCCUGUUUUUAUAUAUAUAUAUUUUUUGUUGUCGUUUUAACAUCUCCACGUCCCCCUAGCAUUAAAAAAAAAAAAAAAGGAAAAGAAAAUGGAAAAAAAAAACUGCUUUUUUUGGGGAAGAACAAGAUAAAAGAGGUAAAAGACGAAUCUAUAAAGUACCGAGACUUCCUGGGCAAAGAACGGACAAUCAGUUCCCUUCCUGUGUCGGUGUCGAUGUUGUCUGUGCAGGAGAUGCAGUUUUUGUGUAGAGAAUGUAAAUUUUCUGUAACCUUUUGAAAUCUAGUUACUAAUAAGCACUACUGUAAUUUAGCACAGUUUAACUCCACCCUCAUUUAAACUUCCUUUGAUUCUUUCCGAUCAUGAAAAUAGUGCAUAGUUUGCCUGGAGAAUCCACUCACGUUUGUAAAGAGAAUAUUGAUGGCGCGUGCGGAAGCUCCUCCGCAUCCAUGUCCAUCAGGCACGGGGGAGCCGCCCACAGGGGAGCAAGCAGCCCACCGACCCAGGCCACUCAUGUUGCACCCACAGUCCCCAGGAUGGGCCUGCCCCACCCCAACAAUGAUGAUUUUACAAAAAAAAAAAAAAAAAAAAGGAAAAAAAUUCUGUUCGUUUCUCCAUUGAGAUCUGGGGAGCCCUCGUCUCCAUAUUUCUGAUCCUGGCUACUUCCCUUAGAGAAAAUAAGUCCCUUUUUUUCUGGCCUUGCCAUGGUGACAGAAGAAAGGGUUUCUCCGUGAGGCCCCCCUACCACUGGGGGUGGGUGCCCAGGGGGCCCCCCUUGCCCAUGGCCAGCUUCCUGCUGAUGAACAUGCUGUUUGUAUUGUUUUAGGAAACCAGGCUGUUUUGUGAAUAAAACGAAUGCAUGUUUGUGUCACGAA